GAGAGCAGUUACCAUUCUGGAUCUGUAUUUCAGUGUUCAUGCUUACUGCAGAGGGAGGUCUCUGUUAACACACGCAGACACACCACACACACACACGCAAAAAGCGAUCCUGCUCAAGAACGGAUUUAAAGCUUUAAAAAGUUACAAGAAAGAGCCAAAAUCAUGAGUAGAUCCCAAACCUGAAGCUUCAGUUCAUCCUGAGACAUCACAACACUGUUUUACUCUAAACCACUUGAUCUGAGAAUGAUGUGCGCAAAAGAGAGCUUGGGCUGUUCACCGGUUGCUGAUCUGGGUCUAUAUGGCCCAUAUCAUCUCUAUAAACAAGGCUGAAUGGGAUGUGUGUGUGUGUUUUCUGGGCAGCAGAGGUGAGCCAUGUCCUCCUGUGAGGUGAAGUCCAGAAGCAGGAACCCGUACACGGCGGUGCGUGUGGACCCGGACAGUGACUACAUCACACCAGGAACAUUAGACCUGGAGCAGCUGUUCUGGACCGGCACCGGGGCUCAGUAUGCACACGUCAACCAGGUGUGGCCCAGAGUCUACAUCGGGGACGAGAAAACAGCUCUGGAGCGGCCUGGCCUCAGAGAUCUGGGUGUAACACAUGUUCUUAAUGCGGCUGAGGGAAAGUGGAAUAAUGUGCUGACUGGCGCUGAUUACUACACUGACAUGGACAUCAAGUAUUACGGAGUGGAGGCUGAUGACAAACCCACCUUCAACAUGUCUCAGUACUUCUGCCCUGCAACCCAGUUCAUCCACGAGGCCCUCAGUCACCCGCAGAACAAGGUGCUGGUGCACUGUGUGAUGGGUCGCAGCAGGUCAGCGACUCUGGUCUUGGCAUACCUGAUGAGGAGACACAGCUUAACUGUGGUGGAUGCUGCUGAGCAUGUGCGUCAGCGGCGCUGCAUCCUGCCCAACCACGGCUUCCUAAAACAGCUCAGAGCCCUGGACAUCACGUUACAAGAGGAGCGGCUGACACAAAAAGAGAGAUGCAACACCAAUAGCACACAAUAGAUCGAUAACAUCCGUUCACUACAUUCGAUUCGUCUUUCGAAUCCAUUUUUUAUAACUACUUAUAAAAACUGUUUUUUCACAACUGUAAUAAAAUGAAUAAAAUAUUUUUUCAAAUAUCAAAUAAAAAUGUUAAACAGAAAAAUGAAUAAGCAAAAAGAUCAUUGUUGUAUGUUUUAAUUGUGAGUUGUAGGCAUCACAGUCUAGCAGAACAGGAAUAAAUGGUCACAUAAGGCUUUUUGAUGAACCGGCAUUUAAACAUAUAAAAAUAAUCCGCCUUUUAACAGAGGCUCAGGAACAAUACUAACGGAUAUAUGAAGUUUCAAACAAGUCCUGUAGUAUUCAGAAAACAUACUUCUUGCUCGUCAUUGUAGACAUUUAGUAUAUCUAUAUUCAGGAUAUUUGUAUUCAAGUAUUCACUGUUGCACAGACCACAAUAUACCAAGCUCAGGUUAACACAUGUGGCUUCAGCCUGAAUUGAGCUUAAGUUCUUGUUUCCCCAUUUCUUUUCCUUCAUCCAUUU